CAAGGCAGCGUGACCUUCGAUGGCAUCCAUGCCAAGGACUUCACUUUGCAAUCUUUGCGUCAACAAAUCUCCUUAGUGCCGCAGCAGCCCGAACUGUUUCAUCGUUCAAUAAGAGACAAUAUCUGCUUAGGUACCGACAUCAGUGAUGCGGCACUGCGCGACAUUGCCAGCAAAGCGCGCAGCUUAGAUUUUAUCGAGCAACUGCCGCAGCAAUUUGAAACCCUCGUCGGCGAACGCGGCGUCAAAUUGUCUGGCGGAGAAAAACAACGCAUUGCGAUUGCGCGCGCUUUCUUACAAGAUGCACCGAUUGUGGUACUCGAUGAAGCCACUAGCGCCUUAGACUCA